AUGGCGCUGUUGACGAAUUCAGCGUCGGCGUCUGGCCCAACGGCCACGGGGCCGACGGCGCCACAAGCACACCACUCCACCACACCCCUGCACCACUACUUUCAUUAUCUGAAGCAGCCGUCACCGUUGGCGCAGAACCCUUAUGCUCACCAUUCCAGUGCUCAUCACAUGGGUAUGGGGCCAGGGCCUUUGGGCGGUUUGGGGCCUUUUGGAUUAACGCAUCACGGAUUGGAGGCAGUUGGUUUCCCACAAGGUAAGUCCGAACUUGUGUGA